AUGGCUAAAUCUAGAUUUGAAUAUGUUAAAGAAUUUGAAACACAUACCAAAUUAUUGCCAGAAACAUACAUUGUGGUUAGAAUAGAUGGCAAAAACUUCCAUGAUUUUACUAAAUAUUAUGACUUUGAAAAACCCAAUGAUAUAAGAGCCCUAAAUUUAAUGAAUGCAUGUGCCAAGAAUGUUUUAUUAAAAUACAAAUCAGAAUGUAUUUUGGCAUAUGGUGAAAGUGAUGAGUAUUCUUUUAUACUUCGCCCGGAUACUCAAUUAUAUAAUAGAAGAAAUGAUAAAAUAGCCACCUUAUUUGUAUCAAAUUUUACGUCGCAAUACGUCGUAUUAUGGAAUAACUACUUCCACGACAAACCACUAAAUUAUAAACACUUGCCUAGUUUUGACUGUAGAUGUGUUUGCUAUCCUACUUUGAAAACAGUUAAAGAUUACUUAUGUUGGAGGUAUGUUGACACACAUAUAAACAAUCUAUACAACACAGCAUUUUGGAAAUUAAUUCAAAAUUGUGGGAUGACACCUAAGGAGGCUGAAUCAAAAUUAUCAUGUACUUUGAGUAGUGACAAAAACGAAAUAUUGUUUAAAUGUUGCAACGUGAAUUAUAAUGAUGAGUUGGAAAUGUUCAAAAAGGGUAGUUUAAUAAAUAACAAGGGUGAAAUCAUGUUUAUUGAUGUUAUUAAAAAUAUAGAUAACCUAUUUGGUGCAUAA